UCCUUAUUUUGUGAAAGAGGAGAAGGGAUUUUUUUCAAAAAUUGUGACUUGAUUUUUUUCUCUUAUUUGAGAUUGUUUUUCAUGUGGUUUUUGCACGGUAGCCUUGAAAUCGUGUUGCAAAUGAUUUUUCAAAGAAUCUUGAUUAUUCUAAACCCACAAAGAGGUUGGUUUAGCAUCGUGAAAAAGAAACCAUUUUUGUUCUUCCUCUGUUUCGUUCUUGCUCUGUCGCCAUUGUACUUGCUCUGUCGUUUUCGUUCUUUUUUGGCUCCGCAUCAUUUUGUUCCGUUCUUGCUCUGUACAACAUCGUUAUGUUCUGGCUCUAUUGUUUUCAUUCUUUUUUUGACUCUGUUUUGUCCGCUUUGUUCUCUAUUUUGUUGAUUACAAUUACUGUUAGAACUUAAUUUUGAUAUUAGAUUUUGGUUACUAAGUAUGACUACCCCUUUAAAUUUAUGUAUUUUGCUAUUUUUUUUAGUAUUUUUGUAUAUUGUUUGUAUUUUAUGUUAGUUUAUAUACUAUUUUUUUGGCCUUCUCAGUAGCUGUCAUCCAGCUAUCCCAUUUUUAGGGUUUGGUGCUCCGCGCUGCUAUCUGAGACUGAUAACAUGAAGUGCGAGGAAAAUUUGAUUAUGGAUAUUGAGGAUCACAUAAACAUUAGUAUUUAAGAGUUGAUUAACGAUUAAGGUUUAACGUUGUUCUUCGUUUUUUUCUCUCCUUUCCGUUAAUAUCUGAAUAGAGUUUGAGUUUAGAAUUAAGUUAAUUUUGUUCUUUUCAACUUCAUCUGAACUGGUGCUACUGAAGUGUUAGUGGACUGGUUAUUGUGAUGAAUGAUUCUGAUUGUAAAAUGUCUCAGUGGCAUUGUAUUGAUUCUGAUUUUGCUCGUUUGAUGCUCUUUCUCAGUGUUUAAUUUUUGGACUGAGUUUGAUGAGGUAAAUGCAAAAUAAGCGUAACCAAGGAUAUAUUGAAUUUCGGUAAGAACAAUAAAUUACUGACUUGGCAGUGAUAGGUGUGGCUUUAUGAUGACAUUAUAGGGUACUUGAGAAGGGUAUUUUAAAGUGUAUUAUUAGAUUAAGAGGUGAUUGAAAAAUAUUUGACUUACUUUUGAUUGGAGGCAUGGAAAUUUUAAGGAAAACUACGAGAAAAUGAGAAGUGAGUCAUGGGUAGAAGUUUUCUAUUUUGAGGAAAAUUAACAAGUGAGUCAUGGGUAAAAGUUUUCUAUUUUGAGGAAAAUUCACUGAUUAAGUGGUUUAUUUAGUCGAUGAAUGAGUCAGUCAUGAACAUAACGUCUCUAUUAACAUGUAGAACUAAUGAAGGGGUUAAUUUUUUGUAAACUGUGCAUUUUUUACCUAUACAUUUUCAACAUUUUGUGAUUUCUUCCCUUUUUAGGUUUUUAUUUUGGGGGAAGAAAGUUUGGUCCGUAUGUGUGGAGUUUGUUAGUUUUUUUUUUUGUUUUUAUUUUCUUUCACUAACCUGCUUGUUAUUGAUUUAGUGGAACUAUGAAAAUAUUGAUAUUGUGACCGUGAAGAUAAUUUUCCAGCAAUGUUUGAAGGACUGGUUCACCAGCAGCUGAAGAUUAGACUUGAGAGGUCUUAUGGCACUUGCUGAUGUUGAGGGAGCACAUUUUUAUCUGAAGGAUUUAACCAUUGCGCAUCACAUGGCCAGUUGGGAAUCCAUUCAAGAGAUUCUAAUUAGGCAUUACAACCGCCAACUACUUCAUGAAACUUACAAGUUAUUUGGUUCAGCUGGUGUUAUUGGUAAUCCCUUGGGUUUUGCAAGGAGCAUGGGGCACAGCAUUAGAUAUUUCUUAUCAGUUCCUGCAAACAACAUAAUGCAGAGCCCUACUGGACUUAUUAUGGGCAUGGCUGAAGGGACCAAUAGUCUUUUAAGUAACACACUGUAUGCUAUCAGUGAUGCAGCUUCUCAAUUCAGUAAAGUUGCUCGCAAGGGUAUCGUUGCAUUUACAUAUGACCAUAUAGCUUCAAGGAUGGAAAAACAACAGGCAACUGUUGCUUCUGAUAGUAAAGGCGUAAUUAAUGAAGUCUUGGAGGGACUCACUGGUCUUCUUCAGUCUCCUAUAAGAGGAGCUGAGAGGCAUGGUCUACCAGGUGUCUUGUCCGGAGUUGCUUUAGGGAUUACAGGUCUUGUGGCAAAACCUGCAGCUAGUAUACUAGAAGUUACUGGCAAAACGGCUCAAAGUAUUAGAAACCGUAGCAAACCCAAUCAAUUAAGAUCUUACCGCUUUAGGGUACGGCUUCCCAGGCCACUUUGUAAUGAACUUCCUUUGAGAUCUUAUUGAUGAUGGCUUAAAGUUCAAAGAUGAAAAGUUAGCGGCUUGCAAAGGCCUUAAAGAAGCCGGCAAGUUUGUUGUCUUAACAGAAAGAUAUAUAAUGAUUCUUUUCAGUCCAAGUUUGAUAAACUUGGGCAAGCCUGAA